AUGGCACCGAAGAUUAUUCAGCUCGCCGCGUUGUCGGCCCUGGUGGGUUUCGUUGCUGGCCAGAAUGCAACAUUGUGCUCCAGCGCCGCGACCAAAACCAUCAGCAGCCAAGACGACGCCGACAAGCUUGGCGCAGCUUGCCCAACAUUCACUGGCAACGUCCUCCUCGUCGACGGGCCGCUCUACUCACGCGUCGCGUUGAACGGCAUCGAGGAGAUAACAGGCAAGCUCACCGUACACGACUGGAUGGAGGCGAGCAGCGACUCGCUCGUGCGCAUCGGCGGCAACUUCGAGAACAUCAACUCGUACACGUGGGAUAUCAUCUUCCCGGCCCUCGAGUACGUCGGCGGCAGCAUCAUCUUCACCGAGGAGGACCAGUACCGAUCGAGCUUGCAACGCGCCCUGUUCCCGAGCCUCAAGCAGGUCCAUGGCGACCUGCUCAUCACCGGCAACCACUACUUCCAGGAGCUGCAGGCGCCGAACAUCGAGCACAUCAAUGGCCUGUUCAAGAUGGUCAACCAGCAGCAGAUUGCGAAUGUGACGAUGAACAAGCUCGUGACCGUCCAACCGGGUGGAAUCCAACUCGCCGGUUCAUUCGGAGAGUUCAGCAUCGUGUCCACGGGCUCCGGAAACUGCUCCGAGUGGGACGCGUUGCGCCAACCCGGCGGCGCACUCGCCAACGUCAACUACUACCACUGCCAGGGCGGCUGUGAGCGCCUCUACGGCGAAGAGUGCUACUGCCCGGGAGCCAACUACCCAUCUCAAAGCUGUUAA